UAUUUGCCAUUUGUAAAUUUGCGCCAUUUUCUUUGAAUAGAACCCAUGUUAAAUAACUUGUAUAUCCGAAUAUCGAAGCACGUGCUCAGCCGAGUGAUAUCGUACAUCGUUAAUUUAUAUUUUAUUAGAAUUUGUAACAUAGUUUUCUGAUAACAUGCCAAAAUCAAAAAGAGAUAAAAAAAUAUCUCUCACUAAAACGAGCAAGAAAGGGCUUGCCCUGAAACAACAAAUUGUAGAGGAUGUUAGAAAUUGCGUUGAAAAAUAUGUCAGAAUAUUUCUUAUAUCCGUUCACAAUAUGCGAAACAACAAACUUAAAGAUUUACGAGCGGAAUGGAAAGACAGUCGAUUUUUCUUUGGUAAAAACAAAGUGAUAGCGUUAGCCUUGGGUAAGUCAUCGAAAGACGAAGUUACGGAAGGUAUACAUAAAUUAUCGGCGGCAUUAAAAGGACAAUGUGGUUUACUAUUUACCAACCGAAAGAAACACGAGGUAUUGAAAUGGAUGGAAGAGUACGAAGAAGCUGAUUAUGCUAGAUCAGGUUUUGUUGUACAAGAAACUAUAACGUUACCCGAAGGUCCUAUGCCUGAUUUCCCCCAUAGCAUAGAACCUCAUUUAAGACAAUUGGGUAUGCCUACAGCUUUACAAAAGGGUAUAGUAACAUUAAUUAAGGAGUAUACAGUAUGCAAAAGUGGACAAACGUUAACUCCUGAACAAGCACGGAUUUUGAAAUUGCUGGAUAAACCCUUAGCCACUUUUAAAAUGAUACCAUUAGGUGUAUUUUCCAAGAAACACGGUUACAAGAAACUUGUAUCCGAAGAUGAUGUUAAAGAAAACAUUGAAGGACAAAUGGUGGUAGAAGAAGAAGAAGAAAAAGAAGAUAAUACGUGAUAUUAUAUACUAUCGGUGUUUAAAAAAUUCACAUAAUAGCACUGGCAAAAUGAGCGAUAUAAAUUCUAACGAAAGAAGCAGCACAGUGUUCGUCGAUUCUCUAAAUGCAUCCUAUAACGAAGAAAAUAGGAAACGUAACAGACGAAAAUCAAAGUACGAGGUAAAUAUCGAUAAUCAAUAGAGCAAAUAAAUGUUGCGUUGAAAAAAUUUUACGAGAUCUUUUCCGUGAAUAAAUUGACUUAAUUAGGGGAUCAAAACACGAUGGCCAAGUAGAACUUCAAUAAAUGCUUUGUAACGAUAUCGGAGAGUAUAUUUUCCAAAACGCCAUUCAAGUUGAACUUCAAAAUAGUCGUGUUUCUUAUAAACAUAUGUGCUACUCAGAUUUUAUUAUGGAAAAUAAAUAAGUCGAUGAUAUUCGCAAAAAUUCAUUAUCGUUUUUAUAUUAACUUACCAUUUAUUCAUAUUUAAACCUUCAGAAUAUAUAUGAUUAUAACAUACGAGACUUUAUGCUAUAAUACGUAGAACAAAAUACGUGGAGCUAGAAAAAGUGCAAAGCACUCUGUUACGUUGCAAAACUUGUAUCUUUAUCGUCUUUGGUCCGAUAACAUAUUUAAUAGACUCGAGAUUUAAGCAUAACAAUAGUGUUACCCAGUGUAUGAUUAAAAACCGAGAAGAAUGUAAAAAUUCAUAAAACACCAAAGGAUAUGUAAUAUUGUUUAAAGUUGUAUUUAUUUUGUAAACGUUUUAACUCGAUCAUGCAGUAUUUAUUUUUAUUGCGAGAAAGCAUUUCAGGUCUUAAUUUGCAAUAAUUACUACGGAAUGCUUUGAAAUAUUACGAGUUGAUAUAGAUAGAACACGUACAAUCGGGUGCAAUUUCAUUGUUGUUACUUCUUUGAUUAAAAAUUCGUUAAUACAUAACAAUUUGAAAAUACCGCCUACGUAAAUACAUACAAAAUUAUCUUACAAAGUAUCCUAUGAACGAAAUUAUAAAUAAAUUUUAAUUUAUUUGUACCAAGAGUAACAUACUUAAUAACAGAAAUAAAAAAUACUACCCAAAAUUAAACCUCAUAAUUCGCACAUCCAUACGUUCGUGCCGGUUGGUUAUUACGUAUUAUAGAAUGGAUGCGAUACGUAUAAUUAUUAUUGUUGUUAAUAUUCAU